CCCAACCACCCACUAAUCCUCGUACAUUCUCAUCAAAUCUUUUUCAUCUGUUCUGUUCGAAAAGAUAUCAAAACAAUGGAUCUUGAUCUUACACCAAAGUUGGCUAAGAAAGUUUAUGGAGGUAAUGGUGGCUCCUACUUCUCAUGGUCACCAUCUGAGCUUCCAAUGCUGCGUGAAGGAAACAUAGGCGCAGCCAAGCUUGCUCUUGAGAAGAACGGCUUUGCCCUUCCUCGCUACUCCGAUUCACAUAAGGUGGCCUAUGUUCUUCAAGGCAAUGGUGUGGCCGGGAUUGUGCUCCCGGAAUCGGAGGAGAAGGUGAUCGCAAUCAAGAAAGGCGAUGCCAUGGCUCUCCCAUUCGGCACUGUAACAUGGUGGUUCAACAAGGAGGACACUGAACUAGUGGUUCUCUUCAUGGGAGACACAUCCAAAGCUCACAAAACCGGCGAAUUCACCGACUUCUUCCUCACCGGAACAAACGGCCUAAUGACUGGCUUCUCAACCGAAUUCGUGUGCAGAGCAUGGGAUCUGGACGAGAAGGUUGUGAAAUCUCUUGUCACAACACAAACUGGCAGUGGAAUUGUGAGGCUUGGAGACAAUAUCAAGAUGCCGGAGCCCAAGAAGGAACACAGAAAUGGCCUCGCAUUGAACUGUGAGGAGGCUCCAUUGGACAUUGACAUAAAGAAUGGAGGCAGAGUUGUGGUUUUGAACACCAAGAACCUUCCUUUGGUUGGUGAAGGUGGGCUUGGUGCAGAUUUGGUUAGAAUCGAUGGAGGGUCCAUGUGUUCUCCUGGGUUUUCUUGUGACUCUGCUUUGCAGGUGACUUAUAUUGUGAGGGGCAGCGGGCGUGUUGAGGUUGUUGGUGCUGAUGGGAAAAGAAUCCUGGAAACUACUCUCAAGGCUGGUUGUUUGUUCAUUGUUCCCAGGUUCUGUGUGGUUUCUAAGAUCGCUAGUCCUGAUGGAAUGGAGUGGUUCUCCAUCAUCACUACUCCCAAUCCCAUAUUCACCAACUUGGCUGGGAAGACGGGAGUGUGGAAGGCACUGUGUCCUCAGGUGCUUCAAGCUUCAUUCAAUGUGACUCCAGAGAUUGAGAAAGCCUUCAGCUCCAAGAGGAUGAAUGAUGCUGUAUUCUUCCCUCCACCAAACUAAUUAAUAAGUUUAAAAUCUGUGUGAGAGUGAGAAUUUCAAAGUCAUGUCAUGUAGGGUGGUUCUUUUACUUUCUUUUUUUCUGGCUUUCUUUUAUUUUCAAGGAAUAAUAUUUGGUCAUAAAUUAUAUUCCAAUUAAGCAUCUUGAAAGUGGCUUUUGGAGGUGUUCAAA